GACCUGCAACGACCCUUCUCCGUCCCAAAUAUUGCUGUUGCUGUACAUGUUGGCUUACAACGAUGCCAUCAUGGCCUCCAAGACCGAUCCCAAACUUGUAGCGGCUUCAAACAAUAUUCAAGUGGACUGCUUGGCCGAAUUCCAAUCCGAUGUAUGCUGAAUCAUGUCGAAUCUUAUCAACAAGGAAAAGCCUACCGCAACGUUUAUCCUGAUCUAUUGUCACUGGCCGCCAAUCUGUAUCCCGAAAUGUUCAAUAUAACGAGCUUUCUUCUGCAGGAAGGCAAAGAAUCCGAUGAAACCGCUGUGGAAGAACCGAAAGAAUGGGACAGAUUUUGGAUUUCACGCCUGUCUCCAGACAAACUCGAGUAUAUUUUAAUUCACUGGCAGCAGAAUCCCGAUUUGGUAGUCAAAGCGUUAUCAUGCAUCGGAGCGAUUGACACAAUCCAUAUUGCGGAUUAUGUGGAUAUUGUCAUCCGUCAUUUGCUGCCGCUGUGUUUUAAUGAAAACUUUGAUGACAACAUUGCCAAUGCUUUCAGUGCGGUGUGGGAAUCCUUCGAUGGCAUCAUUCCCUAUGAGUUGUGGGUUCUCACCGCCAAGGAAAUGAGAGACAAAAAUAUCACAAACGAAGGGAUGUACACCUUGGAUAAUUUAGUGGAAGAUCCACUCUUGCUGUUCAAAUGCGAUCCCAAAAUUUUUCGAUGUAGACGGCUAUUACCCAUAUGGCUCCAUCUCUUGUCUUGUAUACGCGUAUGCUCAAGGCAUCGUAUAUGGAAACGCUUCGUUACCUGCUUUCCUAGAACCCAGACUUCAUUCAAUAUCCGUAAUGUGGUGGCUAUGAUCAAUGUGCAGGACGCAAUCAUGCUUCAGUUACUACUCGAGCAAUGUCAAGAACAACCGCGUGAUGAAGGACAUGCAGACCAAUUACAACAAGCGCGUGAACACAUAUGCCAUUUUAUUCACGGUAUCUUUGUGGAUGGCGAUCGCGAUGGCGUGCUGGUGAAACUGUUGCAUUUUGAAACGUAUGCCCUUGAUUUAAUACCCAUCGUUGUUGAACUGAUUCCUUCCAUUUAUAUCGUCAUGAACUUUAUUCCUGAAUUAUUACGACAACCGCAGCCAGAAAAGCAAAUUUUCGGUAUACUGAUAGCCUGCCAUUUAUGUGAAAAGUAUCCCCUUGAGCCCUACCUGGUUGCUGCCGAAAAGUAUGUUCUUCCUCGUUUAGUGAAGAUUGCUUUUCCCGCGACACGAGAAGGUCAACCUACGGGUUGCGUCCCCUCGGAAUAUCUCAUCCAAGCCAUCCCUGGCUUUGUGCACCUGGCCAAAGCUUUCCCACAUUUCGCACCGCAAAUCUUGCGUGUGUUUGAUGAUAUCUUCCAUGGUUUGCCACCACCCAAGGAUUUCAUUGGACAGGAAGGCAACACAAAAAUCAUCCUUUUCCUCCGACUACACAAAACUCUCAAAGAUGCUCGACAGCUCGUCCAGCAACAAGCCGAUCGCAUGGAAAGUGUCAAUAAUGUCAUAUUGUAAAUAGAAAUUAUCAGGAGAAAAAUGCCACUGAGAUUUUUUUUUUCGUUCCUUACUCGUGUAAUAUAUUAUGCUCUCCGUUUAAACUGGAUAAGAGAUAUAUUAUGAUCACCUAUGGAUUCAAUAGCGGAGGGAGGACUGGAUGCAUCGAUGGUUAUAUUUUCUGCAGACACUACAAGACGUAGCGAUCCUUCAACGACCUGCGUGUAUGCAUUCUGGAUACGAAGAACUUGGUGAAG